CUAGAAUUUUCCCAUCAGUCCUCUCCCCAUAGUUUUCCUUCCUCUUCUGACUUAUCUCACAUGCUCUGACCUCAGCUCCAAUCUGAGACCCUAGUCCAUAGAGCCGUCGCCGUGCCGUAGCUGAUAGCAUCACCGGCCGACGCCUCCCACCCGCUCCCAACCCUCCCGCCUCUCACGCGCGCCGCCCCCGUCGCCGUCCCCGCUGUAUCCGCUCCGUCCGCAGUCGACGAGCUUUGAGGUGGACAUGCAUUUUGCAAAUGUCAGGCUCUAAUCAGAUGGCUUCAGAUGGUAAAUUUGGAAAAGGUCCUCGGGAGCUCACUGGGGCUGUUGAUUUAAUUAGCCGCUACAGGCUGCUGAACCAUCACAGUUUCUUUUGUAAGAAACCAUUGCCACUGGCUAUCUCAGAUACACAUUAUCUUCAGAAUGUUGUGGGUGACACUGAAAUCCGUAAAGGAGAAGGGAUGGAGAUAGAUCAACUCAUUCAGAGUCCAGACCUGAGGGAGAAGAAGACUGCUUAUAUUAAACCCUUUGACAUGGAAACACUAGGACACGCAUUUCAGUUGCGAGAAACAGCGCCAGUAGAUCUGCCUUCGGCUGAAAAAGGUACUCCGACUAUAUCGGGAAAUUCAAAGGUUAAGUCCAGGGACAAAGUCAAGAAGCAUAAAAAGCACAAGGCGAAAGACAAGGACAAGGAACAGAAGAAGCACAAACAUCGCCAUAAGGAUCGAAGUAAAGACAAAGACAAAGACAAAGAGAAAGAGAAGGAGAAAGAGAAAGAGAAAGAGAAAGAGAAAGAGAAAGAGAAAGAGAAGGAGAAAGACAAAGACAAAGAAAAGAAAAAAGAGAAGAGUGUGCAUCAUGAUUUGGGAGGUGAUAAUUCCAAAAAACAUCAUGAGAAGAAGAGGAAACAUGAAGGAAUGGAAAAUUUGGCGGCUGGACGUAACCACAAAAAAACACAAAAGCGCAAAGUUCAAUGAAACGGGCAAUGGACUUUGUUUGGCAUAGGAUGUGACAAAUUCGUUUCCGUGUUAGUUCUCGUAAUAUGACUCCAUGUUUUAUGCUGUUAAUGGGCGGCUCUGAAGGUUUUCUUGUCAAUACCACUUCCGAUGGAGUGCAGUUACCACAGAUGGAAUUUCCUUUUAUCAAGAUGCCCCGGUUACAAGGGACGUGGCUAAUCAAAUCACGAUACGCUGUAAAUCAAUUCUGGGGGAACUUGAACUUGUCAUAUGGAAUUAUUUGAAUUUUUGUGUUAGUUUUGCGCCCAUUAGCAAUUCUUUAGUGUUGCCCCCUCCUAUAUGCCCUAUCCUGUAAUCAGACGGAAGAAAAGGGCUUACUGUCAAGCCGCAUGAUGAUGUGACCGUGUACAACAGGAGACGUCACGUGUAGAACAGAAAAAUUAGCCGUACACAUUCCAUGAUCCAGCAAAUUCAAUGGUGGUGAUGAACCUUAAGAAACCUGAGUAGUAUGUUCUGUGUACCAAUCAUGUUUUUUUAAUCAAACAAUCCUAGUUUAUUGCUCAAUUAAACAAGCUACGUCAGAUUGGCCCCUUCUUAAA